AGCAAAGUUCUUGCUACCCCAUCUAUUAUAUAUAUAUAAUCCCCAAGAGCACGAGUUAUGCUUUGUCUCAACAACUCGACGAAGACCUUAAUUGCUCCCUCUACCACUUUCUCUCAUCAUUCCGCAGCUCCAUCUUACUAGCACGACCAUCUUCAGUUAUACACUGUUCUCAGCAAAAUGCAGAACGAGAAUCCGAAUCCUGAUGGCGUCAACACCAGCACCGUCGAUGCAGCUACAGUUUUCUCUGAUACAGCUUCACCACACUUGGCUGACAAUCCGUUUCUCUCACCUACCUCAACUCACCAGUUCGAUUCCUCUGAAUUCAUCCCCAAUUUCUACUCAACUUUCUCUCGCAGCUCAAAUUCCCCUUCCUUAACCUCCUUUGACGAUAUGGAUGACCUCGUCUCCGAUCGCCGCUUCAACCAAGCUAGCUACAUUCUCGAGUACCAGCAACUCUACAAUCGGUACACUCUUUGCCUCGCACAUCUGCAGGAAUCUAUCAAAGAAGUUGAAGCUCUUCACCAGGAGAAUGAAUCUCUCCGGCUUGUUAACACUGAUUUGGAUCGUCGCUUGAGUCUUCUCACGCAGGCGACUAUACAGAACUGUCUUCUCUCUGAUUUCAAUCGUUUUGGUAUGGGAGUCAACCGUGAUGCUCAAAUCUCUGAUUCCAGACCUCCGAACAUCAGGCAGGGGAUCGUCGAACCGAAAAGGCCUGAGCGAAGGAACACUGAACGAGUCUCGCUGCCGAAGAGCAUUUCUGUACGCUCAAGCGGUUAUCUCAAGUUGAAAGCACAAGAUGGAAACAAUGGAGGUCCCAGCCAGGCAAAAGCUAAGCAAAAAUCCGCAGCUCCUCCCCUAACUGAAUCUCAGCAAAGAGUGUACGUUCCUGGAGGUAAGAAGACAGAGGAGGCAAUAGAGUUUGACGUUUACAAUCAAGGUAUGUUGAAGACAGAGCUGUGUAACAAAUGGCAGGAGACUGGGACUUGUCCUUAUGGAGAAAACUGUCAGUUUGCUCACGGUAUCACAGAGUUACGCCCAGUGAUUAGGCAUCCACGCUACAAGACUGAGGUCUGUAGGAUGGUUCUAGCAGGUGAUAUGUGCCCCUAUGGUCAUCGUUGCCACUUCCGUCACUCUCUCACUGAGGAAGAGCGACGAACAGGUCCAGGUCUUUUCUGAUGGCUCCAUAUAUCAUCUUCAAUUGUUUUUAGGUUAAAAAAUGCAGUUCUAUGUUCAAUGUUGAUCACAUUCAGCAAUAAGAUAGACAUAUUGUCACGAAUAUUACGUGUAUAAAAUACAUGGACAGACAGGAAAUAAGUGAUGAGGAUUAUCUUUGGGGGUAACAUGCCUGGCUGCCUGCCCAAGUCACACAGCAAAAUGGGAAAAUAGGGACUAGUUUUCUGGAGUUGGAACUGGAGGCAUAUAUUGGGAAGUUCUAAGUUCUUUUGCUGGUUUGUUCUACUAUUUUGGUGGUGGUGUAGAGAGGAAAUACUCCAACAUCCUUUUGUAGUUAAUAUUUCAAGUAUUCGUGUUAAGGAUGUAGUUAAUAUUUCAAAUAUUCGUGUUGAACAUGUAUUGAUUGUGGCAAGGGCAUAGAGCAGGAGAAGUAGGUGUUUAAAAUCUUUGUAAUGAGCAUAAACUGUUUGAGGUAGUAGUCUGUCCAAUUGCAACUUGGUUUAGGACUUACGGACUAUGGUAUUCCAAUAAAAUUGAAAAAUUUACCUUUUUAAA